AUCCGUUGAACUCAAACGGCUCUCUCUCUCUGUCUCUUUCUCUCUCUUUCCGUCGACAAUUUUCUCGGGAAAACUUUUCUUCCCACGCGAGAAUCUCAGUGUCAAUAACAUGAGGUGUACUCGAUUCCUCCGGUUAUGAAUCCUACCCACAACAACCCAGUCGCAGCUUCAGCACUAGCUCCGCCGCAGCCUCACCGUCCUUCCACCUCCUGCGAUCGUCACCCGGAGGAGCGUUUCACCGGAUUCUGCCCUUCUUGCCUCUUCGAGCGCCUCUCCGUUCUAGACAUCAACGCCGUCGCGUCUUCCUCCAGAAAACCGCCGUCGUCGUCCUCCGCCGCAGCUCUCAAAGCAAUCUUCAAGCCGUCUUCUUCUUCCUCCUCCUUCUUCCCGGAACUUCGGAGGACGAAAUCGUUCUCGGCGAGAAAGAACGAAGCUUUAUUCUCCUUGGGCGCGUUUGAGCCGCAGAGGAGGUCGUGCGAUGUUAGAGUAAGGAACACUCUCUGGUCUCUGUUCAACGAAGACGCCGAGCAUAUAAAGGAGGGAGCUUUAACGGUAAAGGAGGGAACUUUAACGGUUAAUCGCGAGAUUGGGCUCGAAACUAGAAAGCCCAAGUCCCCUGUUUUCGAGGAGGGCAUUGAUUGCGGGAAGAAGUUAAAGGAUCAGAGAAGCGUAAUCGACGAGAUCAUCGAAGAAGAAGAGGAAACAGAGGAGAAGGAGCACAUGGAGUUGAAUCCUCAGACGACGACGGCGAAGAAACCCACCAGGAGUUUCUGGUCGGCGGCGUCGGUUUUGAGCAAGAAGCUACAGAAAUGGAGACAAAAGCAGAAGCUUAAGAAGCAUAGCGGCGGCGCAUUACCGGUGGAGAAGUCAGCUGUGAGGCAGCUCAGAGACACUCAGUCCGAAGUAGCAGACUACGGCUACGGGCGGAGAUCAUGCGACACGGAUCCGAGAUUCUCAAUCGAUGCCGGAAGAUUCUCUCUUGACGCCGGUAGGGUUUCGGUGGACGACCCUCGUUACUCUUUUGACGAGCCGCGCGCUUCUUUUGACGGGUAUAUGAUCGGGAGAGCGACGGCGGCGGCUCCGCCGCGAAUGCCGUCCAUGUUAUCCGUCGUGGAGGAUUCUCCGGUUAGUAAUCUUGUUCCGGUGGAAGAGCCACCACCACCACCGCGAACGCCACCAGAGAGUGUUGUCCCUGGUGGAUCUGAACAGACCCGAGAGUACUACAACGACUCGUCUUCACGACGGAGGAAGAGUCUCGACCGUUCUAGCUCAACAAGAAAGAUAUCAGCUUCAAUCAUCUCUGAGAUCGAUGAACUGAAACUGUCUGGUUCCAACACUAAAGUGUCUCCUCCUCGAGAAAGAGAGGUAAAGGACUCGGCUUUACGUUCCCAUUCGCGUUCACAUUCGAGUUCAGUGAGGGGAGAUUGCUCCGUUGAGAACUUGGAGAUAGGGACUGUGGAGUCCAGCAAGAAAGGGACGAAGAAGUCUAAGAGAUGGAGUUGGAACAUAUUUGGGAUGCUUCACAGAAAAAAUGAGAAGAGAUUCGAAGAAGGGAGAAGCAGUGUGGAUAGAACGUUCUCAGGGUCGUGGAAUGUAGAAGCUAGAAAUGGGUUUGAUCCGAAGAUGAUGAGGAGCAAUAGUAGCGUGAGUUGGAGAAGUUCCACUCCCGGAGGUGGAGGGUUUCACCGGAACAGUGUUGAUGGAUACGUUAGUGGUAAGAAGAAGGUUAGUAGCAGUAGUAGUAGUAUUGGGAGGAAGGUUGAGAAUGGUGUGCUGAAGUUUAACUUGACGCCUAGUAAAGGAAGGCGAACAGGAAGCAUGGAUUCGACGAGCCGGCCGGUUCCGCCUGCUCAUCCGCUGGCUAGAAAUUUCAUGAAUUUUUACUGACCAAAUUGUUAUGAAACUCGAAAUCUUUUUCUUUAGAUGUAGUUGAAAUAAGUGUGGUGGUGAAUGAAGUUGUAUUGAGUGAGAAUGUUCAGUCUGAUUCUUGUGUUAGGAUUUGGUUGUUCAGUUUUAGAAUUUC